UUUUACAAUUUCUACUACCGGGGUUGAAUGUUUUUAGCCAUCAUGGAAGAAUUACAGUCUGCACAUUUAAUUUAAUUUACAUAGAUCUCAAUAUAAAUCCAUGGCUAAAAGACGCGCAACCGAAGAUAUACUCAUCAGCACCUCUCCUCUUAAAAAAUGUCGCGGGCUUUGCAGUGUUGACAUGCAGCAAGAAAGCGUGGCUGCCUCCGUGGGUGUGAGCCCCCCGUCCUUGCUUGCGUUGUUGGGACGUCGCGGUAGAAAGAGACCAUUUUACUUUGAGGAAGCAGAAGAGACUGACUUUGAUUUAGCUCUUUUCCGUAAAAGUACACAUAGUAAUCUGCAGAUGAAGCCUGCACACCCGAGCCAUCACAUGAACACGGUGCACGAGCAGCAGACUUCUGGAAACUUCCAGGAGUCUCGAAACUCUACGAACGCUAAAUCCACGAACAAACGAGCUCGGGAGGAUUGUGACGAACCUGCAGACACAGCUAAACCUAAAGCCAUGGUGGAUACAAAGACAGACAAUGAAGCAAACUUCAACUCGUUUCAGUUUUGGAGAAUACCAUUGCCUGAAUUGGACAUGUCCCUGCUCCAGGAGCCUAGAAAAGACUCCAAUUCUGAGGAAAUGGAAACAUGAAGAGUUGGGUUGGAUUAAAAGUGUUCCUUUGCAUACUCAAAAAAUGCAACAUUCAAGGUUGUAGAUUUUCUUGUUUUGAUCUGCAUUUAGACCCAAAAUGUGGAGAAAUGUUAGCCUACUUUUUGUUACAACUAUAACAUUUUACAAUGAGUAGGAUUAUUAAAUUAAAUCACAAGAUUACUUAAUUUCCCACUGUAACAAUAGCUAGUGUCUCAUUGUAAAAGAUGUUGUGAAGUAAUGUUUGACAGUAAAGAAGCUUGUACUCCUG